UUGUUGUCACCCGUCUGUAGCUCGCUGCCUCGCUGAAGUCGCUCCACCUCUGCCUCUCCGGCUUUGUACCCAGAGUUGAACCCACGCCGCGGCUACCUUCUCUAGGAUACCGGGGCUGCUAAAAAUUUGAAAAUGGCCCUCCACGUCCCAAAAGCUCCGGGCUUUGCCCAGAUGUUAAAGGAUGGCGCCAAGCACUUUUCAGGUCUUGAAGAGGCUGUCUUCCGUAAUAUCAGAGCUUGUAAGGAACUUUCUCAAACCACCCGCACUGCCUAUGGGCCCAACGGUAUGAACAAAAUGGUCAUCAACCAUUUAGAGAAGCUGUUUGUCACCAAUGACGCUGCAACAAUUCUCAGAGAGCUUGAGGUGCAGCAUCCCGCAGCUAAAAUGAUUGUAAUGGCGUCCCACAUGCAAGAACAGGAAGUCGGCGAUGGUACCAACUUUGUCCUGGUGUUUGCUGGAGCUCUGCUGGAGCUGGCUGAAGAGCUCCUUAGAAUGGGCUUGUCUGUUUCAGAGGUGAUUGAAGGCUACGAGAAGGCUUGUAAGAAGACUCUGGAGAUCCUGUCAGACUGUGUUUGCUCCUCAGCCAAGAACCUCCAUAACAUUAAUGAAGCCAAGUCGCUCAUCCGUACAGCAGUCAUGAGUAAACAGUACGGCAACGAAGACUUCCUUGCCAACCUCAUUGCAGAGGCCUGUGUAUCAAUCUUCCCAGAGUCCGGCAAUUUCAAUGUUGAUAACGUCAGAGUAUGCAAGAUUUUGGGUUGUGGGGUGACGGCAUCCUCUAUGCUUCAUGGCAUGGUUUUUAAGAAAGAGGCAGAGGGAGACGUCACAUCAGUGAAAGAAGCCAAGAUCGCCGUUUUCUCCUGCCCCUUCGACUGCAUGGUGACAGAGACCAAGGGCACAGUGUUGAUAAAUAAUGCACAGGAGCUCAUGGACUUCAGUAAAGGAGAGGAGGAUUUGAUGGAAGCUAACGUGAAGGCGAUCAAGGAGGCUGGUGCCACUGUGGUGGUAACUGGGGGGAAAGUGGCUGACAUGGCGCUGCACUACGCCAACAAGUACAAACUCAUGGUGGUCAGGCUUAACUCCAAGUGGGACCUCAGGAGGUUAUGCAAGACUGUGGGAGCUGUAGCUCUGCCCAAGAUGAUGGCUCCGACUCCGGAUGAGAUGGGUCACUGUGACAGUGUAUAUCUGACUGAGGUGGGAGACACUCAGGUGGUGGUCUUCAAACAUGAUAAAGAGGAUGGUGUCAUCUCAACCGUGGUGAUCAGAGGUUCCACUGACAACCUCAUGGAUGAUAUUGAGAGGGCUGUAGAUGAUGGAGUCAACACCUUUAAAGUUCUGGUCAGGGACAAGAGGCUGGUACCUGGAGGAGGAGCCACUGAGAUUGAGCUGGCCAAACAGAUCACCUCAUAUGGAGAGUCCUGCCCUGGUCUCGAUCAGUACUCCAUUAAAAAGUUUGCCGAAGCUUUCGAGGCGUUGCCACGUGCCCUCGCUGAGAACUCCGGCGUGAAGGGGAGCGAGCUUAUUUCAAAGCUGUAUUCUGCACAUCACGAGGGGAACAAAAACAUGGGCUUUGACAUUGAGAGUGAUGGUCCUGCUGUGAAGGACAUGCUCGAAGCCAGCAUUCUGGAUCCCUACCUGGUCAAAUACUGGGGCAUAAAACUGGCUACCAAUGCCGCUAUCACAGUGCUGAGGGUGGAUCAGAUCAUCAUGGCUAAGGCUGCAGGGGGACCCAAGGCUCCCAAGCAGAGAGGCCAUUGGGACAAGGACGGUUGGGAUGAAGAGCCUGAUAAUUUUGAAACUCAUCAUUAGAGGGCACACACAAAACCCUCAGUCGCUCAGUCAAUCAUCAUGGCCAAACCAGCAGGAGGACCCAAACCUCCCCAGGGAAAGAAGGACUUUGAUGAGGACGACUAAAAGUGAAUGUCCAGCAGAUGCUCCUUUUAACCCUGAACGCUCUGACAUGGAUUCCCAAACCUUUUCUACUUAUUUAAAGCUCACCUGUUUAUUGGUUUAUUUUGUAGAAAUGACCAUACAUUGGUAACAGAAGUUAAAAAAAAAAACAUACCAAUGGCUCUGUUUUGCUUUUUAUGUUCUCAGUCCCAAAUAAAAGGCACCUGUGCUGUCACCA